GCGGUGCACAAGCCCUCAGCACCCCGAGUCGACCUCUCUGCACGUCCUCGACAGCGUACCCGCCACGCCGAGAUGAGCGCCAUGCUCGGAGGCGUUCUCCGAGGAGGAGCGUCCGGCAGCUCGAGGGGCAAGGCCACCUACGCCGUGCAGGGCUCAACUCGGACCCUCAGCUCCGGGCGAGGUCACCUCGGCGAGGCCAAGAAGCGCUCUGUCGAGCUUGAACGACAACGCGACCUCAUCCUCACCGUACUCGAGGCUGCACCCUCUGCCCGCGACUCGCGCUUCUACCUGCGCAACUUCGACCCGGCGACCCGCCCGAGCCGCCAGGAGACGAGCGCCAAACCCGCCAACACCGAGUCGGACAAGCCCGGGUUCCCGCUGUUCGACCAGGAGACCCCGACUACCGCCUUCUCGCGCUCUAUCCCGACCGCCGCGUCGUCGUCGCCCUCCCCAGCCGCCGCCGCGACGCCCCAGAACGAGCACAAGGGCAAGACGACGCUCGCCGACGAGCUCCUGUCGUCGCCGGCGAGCCGGCACACCGGGCUCGUCAAGGUCCAAGGCCCGUUCUCGGACCGCCAGCUCGAGUCGAUCGCCGAGGGCAUGGUCUACCUCAAGAAGCUCGGCCUUGUGUCGAUCAUCGUCCUCGACAACGAGCAGUGGCGCGAGGACGAGCUUCGGAUCCACAACCUCGCCAUCCCCGAGGACGAGCGCAAGCGCCACAUCGUCAAGCUGCGCGCCCGCAUGAAGCGCGAGACGAUCCGCUUCACCGACAUGCUCGAGGCCAAAGGCGGAGCCGCUCGUCCGCUCCUCGAGGGCGUCCUGUGCGUGACGGGCGCCGCCUUCGAGGACACGUGGACCCCGAUCGCGUCGACGAGCGCCAAGCCGUACGAGGCGGCCGACACGCACGACCUGUUCGUCGACUCGCUGUCGAGCAUCCGCAACGCGGUCCGGCAAGGCGAGAUCCCCGUCAUCCCGCCCAUCGCGCUCGACGCCGCGUGCUUCUCGCUGUGCGUCCCGGCCAACGACGCCGUGCGCGCCAUCGCCUCGGGCCUCGCCGAUGCCGAGCGCGGCGCAGGCCUGCGGUACGAGGCCGACGCGAGGCUCGACAACGACGUCGACCUGACGCCGGUUCGGCUCAUGAUCAUCAACCGCGAGGGCGGGAUCCCCUCGCCGGCGCGAGGCGGCGACCCUCACCUGUCGAUCAACCUCUCGAGCGAGUUCGACUACAUCCACAAGACGUUCAUCUGGCAGGAGACGCACCCUACCGCCCUGUCCAACCUCGCCCUCAUCCGCGACUGCCUCUUCCACCUCCCUCGCACGGCGUCGGGCGUCCUCGUCUCGCACCGCUCGCCCCGGUCCCUCAUCGCCAACCUCAUCACCAACAAGCCGGCGCACUCGCCCUCGCUCGCCCACGACCUCCUCCCGCGGCGCAACAUGCAGCACCAGCCGACCAUCGUCCGGCGCGGCUUGCCGAUCCGGGUCUUUCGCUCGAUGGCCGACGUCGACGAGGACAAGCUCACUCGCGUCCUCGAGGCGUCGUUCGGCAAGACGCUCGACCGCACGCCGUACUACGCGCGCCUCGCGCGCGACCUCGACUUCUGCAUCGUCGCCGGCGACUACCAGGCCGUUGCGAUCGUCACCAACGAGCAGGCGCUCGACCCGGCCACGGGCGCCGCUCUCGUCGACGCCGACACGGGCGCACCCGUCCCGCCGAUCGCCUACCUCGACAAGUUUGCCGUCCUGCCCUCGCUCCAAGGCGACGGCACGGUCGACUUCCUGUGGGGCGCCCUGCGCGACGAGUCGUGGGGCUUGGGCCUCCUCGACGCGCUCAACCCGAACGUCGGCGGUCUCGGCGGCCAGGGCAUCGCGCGCGACCUCGUGUGGCGCUCGAGGGCCAACAACCCGGUCAACAAGUGGUACUGGGACCGCGCGACGGGCUUUUUCAAGAUCCCGCCGCCGCCCGGGAGCGCCGUCGGCUUCGCCCUGUUCUGGUGCGAGAGCGAGGACCGCGUGAGCGAGUUCAUUCGCGGCGAGAAGGAGGGGCGCAAGGUGCCCGCCGCGCCGGAGAAGCUGAGGAGGUGGGCGCCCGUCUUGAGCCAGAUUCCCUCGUGCUGGGCGUGACGUCGAGGCCUGUAGACAGUUAGACUCUCUCUCAUUUGCAUCGCAUGGCUCUCGGACACUCU